AUGGUUGUAACAUACUACAUGCAAAAAGGCAUAAGAGGUAUAAAUGGCGAUGGAAUAGAAAAGUCUGUUGUAUUUGUCGGCCUGUUGAUAUAUACCCCCCUUCGAGUCAUUGAUUCAACCACACCACCUAUCCUCACAACAAUGUUCAUUCCUCUUCUGCUGCUGUCGUCUCUUGUUGCCGCUUCCGACUGCGAAGAUACACCCAUCAACAAGCGAGGCAUGAUUCAGUGCGUCAUGAGAGGUGUCGACGAGUCCAAGGCUCCUUCUCAUCCGGUCAGCCAGAUCGGAAAUGCACCCAAGGCUGGAGAGACCCAGGCCGCUCCUAAAGCUCCCCAGACACCUGCCCAGGCUCCUGCUCAGGGAGAGACUCCUGCUCAGGCCAACUACGCCUCCAAGCCUUCUGUCGAGAUUGGUCUUGGAGUGGCCCUUGCCAUGUGUCUUCUUUUGUAG